CGUGAACGUAUGUUGAUUGUGAAGUUUUGUGUAUUAGUAGAACAUUGUAUUGAGGUGAAUCCUCAAGAGGAUAUUUCCUUCUUUAUUUAAGGAAGAAGUCAAGUACCUACAACAAUAGGGCAUUAGCGGGUCCAAGUGAAAUAAAAGAAAUAUUGGUAGAGAUAAGAAAUUCCAAUGGUAGUCUAGUAUUCCGCAAGGGUAAAUCCCUCCCCCUGAGGAGUAUAAAUAUUUCUACUUCGCAACUCAGCAAUCAGUUACACAAGUACCUACCUGCAGUGCAAAUUGCCGAAAUUUCGUGAAUCCCAAAUCCAAAAAUGAACUUCUUGCACGUCACCUUUAUAACGUUUACCGUCUUUGGAAGCGUACUAUGCAUUCCGGCACAAACAACUACCACAAUCAAACCAAAAGAGAACGCUCCAAGUGCGUUUGUCCCUCAUACCACAUAUUUUGGUGCCAAUAGUUAUAUGGACAAUAUUCCAUAUGGAGCUCUUAAUACACAACCUUCACAACUUCCCCAAGCAGUGGACAAGGGAUACUUCAAUGCAAUUAUGCCAACACCUGGGUCUUCCUUGGAAGUCAUAGUAUGGCUAUUCACAAGAGUUGGAGCCGUUGUCUUGGGUUCAACACUGCUUUUCGUUUUAGGAGGUUUUUUCAAUGCCUUAAUAUGCAGUAUGACUUCGUUCUGUAGUUACGAUUUUCAAAAUCUGAAUAAUUUGGACCAGGAAUCAGUGAGAGCUUUAAUCACUCCUGAGAAAAUAUCAACAGCAGCUGCUCUUGUUCAAGAUGCUAUUGGAAAAUAUAAUAGGCUGCAGAGAGAAAUCCCCAACUAAAUUUUCUCAACAAGAUCAGAAGAAACGAUUUUAUGUUAAAUAUAGAUAAAAUGGUUUUAGUGAA